UACAAUCGCCCGAGCGAGAUGACGUUUAGUCUUGCUUCGGCCUUCGUUCUUCGAACAUCUCUCUAUCGCGCCGGUAGCUUGUGCAAACGUGCGCAAAUAAAAGUGAGCGUGAAUAUAAGAGAUAAGUGAGAAGACACAGUUUUGACGAUAUACUAAAAGAAGAAACAGGACGCUUUCGUUGCAUUACCGAAAUAUCUGGCGCGAUUAGGCAACAUACUUUCACAUCUUAAAACCUUGAGAUUCCCGCAAAUGUUUUCUCACAUUGUGACAUCGUAUUUACGUGACGAAUUUCAAAAACAUUCACAAGAUCUUCCAAAAACAUUAUUUGAUAUUAUUUAACAAAGUGAUUACAACAAAGUAGUGCGCACAAAAUUAGAGAAAAUGCUAUCAACAAUAGCAUUUUGGGUAUUAGUCACUUUUAUUGCGUUUUGGAUACUACUUGGUCCUGUUACGAGACUUAUGCGUGUUCUAUGGGAAAUUAUUAUACAAAUAUACAAUAAGGAGACAAUUAAUUUGCGAACAAAAUUCGGUGAAUGGGCCGUUGUCACUGGUUCGACUGAUGGUAUCGGUAAAGCUUACGCUAAAGAGUUAGCGGCAAGAAAUAUGAAUCUCAUAUUAAUUAGCAGAAACCUAGAAAAGCUUGAACGCACAAAAGACGAGAUGCUGCUAAUAAAUCCAAAAAUCGAGGUAAAGAUUAUCGCGGCGGAUUUCGCCGAAGGAGAAAAUGCUUUCACCAAGAUCCAACCUCUCUUGCAAGAUAUAUCCGUCGGCAUAUUAGUGAAUAAUGUGGGCAAGCAAUACGAGUAUCCCAUGUACGUCGGAGAGGUACCCGAGAAGGAACUGUGGGACAUUAUCAAUGUAAAUGUGGGCGCCACUACGCUAAUGACACGACUGGUUAUCGGGCAGAUGCAAAAACGCAAACAAGGCGCAAUUGUCAACGUCUCCUCCGGAUCUGAGUUUCAGCCGUUGCCAUUGAUGACGGUAUACGCCGCUACGAAGGCGUACGUGAAAAGCUUCUCCGAAGCUCUCAGGGUGGAAUACUCCAGAUUCGGUAUAACCAUUCAACACCUGUCACCUCUUUUCGUCAACACGAAAAUGAACGCGUUUAGUUCCAGGCUUCAGGUUUCAAGCAUAUUUGUACCCGAUGCCACGACUUAUGCAAGAAACGCCAUUGUCACACUGGGCAAAAUGGACAGCAGUACUGGUUACUGGGCUCACAGUAUUCAGAAGUUCUUCACUCUUAUUGCACCCGUAUGGAUUAGAACGAAAAUCGGGAAAACCAUAAACGAGAGUUUCAGACAAGAAUAUUUCAAGCAAAAGGAACUAGCGACAUUGGAAUAAAAUAUUUUACAUAAUCAACUAUGUUUUCCUCAAACUAUUGCUUCUAAUAUAAAAACUAGGCAAUGUUUAAUUACCACAAGUAUGUAUUAAAUGAAAAAAGUAUGUAGUUAAAUCAAAGAAAAAGAAAAUACAGGGAGACAGAGAAUCAAAGUCAAAAUCAGAGUCAUUAUUUAUCACAUGCUCUAGGACAAAUCCCUUAAAGUGCGAGAGCAAAGUUACAAAAAGUAAAACUGUGAGUGAGAAUGCAUAUAUACUAAUUAGAAAUGAGAAAGUAAAUAGGAAUAAAAAUAAGUGUAGUAUUAA